AUGAAAUUACAAAUAGAAAAUAUGGCAAUGUCAUCGAUUCAAAUUGAUACUCACCAUUUUCGAUCAGCAACAGUAAUACCUGUUGAUUUAAGUAUAGUUCUUUUUCAAGAAUUAUUUGAAAUACUCCAUAUUCGACAGGAUGAUUUCAAUAUAUCAAAUUAUAUUGCACAAGAACGAGUUAAUAGUGCAUUAUUUCAAUGUCAAAGACAAUCUCCAACAUUAACACGAAGUUUCCUUCAAUCUAAAUUAUCUAUACAAGAAAGCCUACUUGUUAUUAUUUAA